UAUUUUUCUGAGACCGCACUGUCAGAAAUGUAUGAGAAAGUGUGCGAACACUUGUCACAAGAAUUAAGAGAUGUAGAUGCCAUGAGCUUCACAACUGAUAUCUGGAGCUCGGAGGUGUGCCCCAUGUCUAUGUUGAGUUUAACUGUGCACUGGUUAGACAGGAAUCACACCCGUCGCAGUGCCGUGCUGCAAGCUAAAAACUUCCCCGGAGCACACAACGGUGACACAAUUUCGACUGCCAUUAAGGCAAUGCUUGAUAAGUGGAAUAUUCCGCUCAACAAAGUGCAUGUCAUUCUCAGGGACAAUGCCAGCAAUAUGAAAAAGGCCAUGGAAAAGAUGGGAGUGUGCAGCUUGGGCUGUUUUGCUCACACACUACAGCUCGUUGUUAACGAGGGGCUACUGUCUCAGCGAAGUGUGAGCGAUGCGAUUGCAAACGGCCGACAGAUUGUGAAACAUUUCAAACAUUCUCCACUUGCUUAUUCACGGCUAUAUGACGUCCAACUCCAGAUGCAAAUGCAACCUAAACGCUUACAACAAGACGUCAGAACAAGAUGGAACAGCACCUACUUAAUGAUACAGAGUCUGCUGGAACAGAAGCGCGUACUAGGUGCCUAUGUUGUGGAUUAUGAUCUGCCCACAACACUGACUGCUAACCAGUGGGCCUUGCUGGAGAAAACUAGCACUGUUUUGGAACCAUUUGAAGAGCUGACCAGGAAAAUAAGCUCAUCCACCGCCUCCACUGCUGAUGUCAUUCCAGCCAUCACUGUCCUCAAGCGCAUCCUGACCAAGGAAGACGAGGCAGAUGCUGGCAUUAAAACGAUGAAAAAGACCCUGCUCCAAGCUGUCAAACAACGUUUUGACUCAGUAGAAGAUGAGCCUCUGUACGCCCUGGCCACUUUGUUGGACCCAAGAUAUAAGGACAGAUACUUUACAAGUGAGACCUCUACCAAGCAUGCAAAAGAUGCACUGUUGAAGGAGCUUGAAGACAGGGGCUUGACCAGCACAGCAGGAGCAGCGGAGGCUUCACAGCGACCAGAGAAGGCCCCUCGGAUGGAGACUGCAGCAGAAGCAGUAGCAGCUCCAAGCAAGAGCAGUUUCAUGGAAGCAUUUGAGCAAAUUCUGGAGGAGAGUGUGGAUGCAGGUGCAGCAAGCAGCUCAAGCCCUGCAGUUCAACUGAAUGAAUAUUUAGCUGAGAAAACCAUCACUGCAUCAGACAGCCCAUACAAUUACUGGGAAGCCAACAAACAUCGGCUACCUGAUCUUGCUGCUACUGCCAAAAAGUAUCUCUGUGCCCCCUGCACCAGUGUGGAAAGUGAGCGAUUGUUCAGCACAGUUUCCAACACUGUGAAUGACAAGCGAAACAGACUAACUGCAGACAGAACAGAAAUGCUUGUCUUCUUGACAAAGAAUUUGUCAUUGCUGCUUAAGUGAGCAUUAAUGAGGGGGUGAGACUGCACAAGUUUCAGAGCACCAGGCCAUGAAUGGUGCGAUUGCACUAUGUAGAGACAUGUUUACAUUGCUUGAUUAUUGUAUUUGACCAAGUCACUUGUUUAUUCGCUUGUCCCGAUGCUAUAUUUUAUUUUUAAUUCCACUCUGCACUUUCAGUAUUUAGAAAUAAUUUUGAAUGUUUUUUUUUUGUGUUCGACUAAGCAGAGCUUGUUUUCAGGGAGCACUUC